AUGGCCUGCAUUAUCCUCGCCGAUGGCAGCCGCGUAGACUCGGCGAAACUGGUUGGCAACGGCGCCGAUGGUUUCGUUAUUCGUUAUGGAGACCACGUCAUGAAAAUUCCUAAUCUUCUUGGACACCUUCAGCCGAGCGGUGAAAUCGAAGCCCACGUCGAUAACGACCUCUACCGCGAGUCCCUAGAAGCGGAGAAAGAAGUUUACAAGCGGCUGCAACAUGUCCCCGGCGUUGCCGAAUGUCUCGGGUGUACGACUAAUGGGAUACGGCUGAGAUACUACCCGAAUGGAUCGCUACAUGAACUCAUCACUCGCCGCGGACCGCCACCAAUGUCUUGGAGACGGCGAUGGGUUCUCCAAGCAACAGAUAUUAUUGCGCGAUGCCAUGAGAGAGGAGUCUUGGUCUUGGACAUCGCUCUGCGCAACUUUCUGCUCACGGACGAAUUUGAUCUUCGCAUUAUCGACUUUGCAAACAGCUCGCUGGUCUCGCGAGAUGCGGACAUUACAAAGGCUAAUAUAGAUGGGGGAACAGCUUUGUUGGAUCUACUCUACCUCUCCACCGUCAUCUAUUCGAUUCUGACCUGGCAAGACUUUUCGACCCAUUGCUUCGAUGAGUCGGAGUGGCCAAGCGCAGAUACGAUGCCCGACCUGGCCGGCCUUGCUUUCGCUCCGGUCAUACGGAAGUGCUGGCUUCGAAAAUACACGUGCAUCCAAGAUCUUGCAUGCGAGAUACGGCAGUACGCUGUAGUGCCUUCUAACGAGCCACUCGAUCACCAUGCCCUAGUGUUCGCUCCGCCUAGGAUCAACGUCCGGUCUUCAUCGUCUGACUCUCCGCCUGAAAGAGGUCAGCUCAAGACCAUGGAGAAUGCGCCUCUAUCAACAAACCCUCUUGCAUGGUGGGCAUUUGUUUUGCCUGUCGUGACUGGAGGCCUGAGAAGCCUUGUUCGGUGGUUGGCACUGGGUGCCGCUAAGUUGAGCCGUCUCGCAUUCUAG